AUGAACGGAACACAUGACUGUGAUGUAAAUACUAAGCGUAACAAUACCCUAAGAUCUUACUUGAAAGGCCUGAAUGACAGUUACGAUUGAGCGGAACCUCUUGGAACGAGUAAUUUAUGCCAGAUAAUACUUCAUUUCCUGUUCAAAAGCGAGCGCUUGGAUUUUUUUGCUGUGUGUCAAUCUGAUACAAGUUGACGCGAGUUUUCUGGACCAAUAACAGAGCGAAGUAAGGCAAAACCAGUACAAUCCCGGAAAACUUGUUUUAAGGAUUUGAAAAUAGCUCUGCAUAGUACUUUUAAAUAGACUUAUCAGCUCUGGUUACAUAGGGUUCCUUCCCUUUCACUCUCCUCUUUUCACUUUCACGUGUGACCGCCGAACCACAAACUGGAAUAAUUCGACGCGAAAAACUACUCUAAUUGUGGGAAUGGGAAGAAAAAUUUGUCUUCUCCUAAGAUUUUUAGAUUCCCCAACAACAAAACCUCGUGAUGGCUCAACCGUGCAGUUUAUGAAAGUAUCAUGUUUAUGAAAGUAUAUGUUUGUUAUCAGUUACGUAGCUACAUGGCCUACAACAAUAACACGUCACUCAUUUUUUGUCUAUCCACCCAGAGCCAGAGUUUAAAGCUGUCUUUACAAACCUUGGUUCGACUGCAGCUGGUGGUCCAAGUUCAAUUGGCAGUCACUAUACAAGGCAAGAUCAUGACGGACAAGUUACCGUGUCCAGCGGUAUUCAAUCGUGGACUGUGCCAUACUCUGGAGAAUAUAGAAUAGAAGCAAUAGGAGGUGCAGGGUGGUACGGUAAGAACAGUGUCGUCCAGAACGGAGGAAGAGGAGCCAAGUUGAUAGGAAACUUUAUUUUGACCAAAGAUGAGAUCGUCCGUAUACUUGUUGGACAUAAAGGAAAGAGAGGGCCUAACUCCAAAACAACUUCAGGAGGCGGGGGAGGUACAUUUGUGGUGAGAGGAAGCAAUACGCCUUUAAUCAUAGCUGGAGGUGGAGGGGGGAUUAAAAACAUGUCAGAACAACAUUCAGGAUGUGAUGCAUCCAUAAGCACCACAGGGAAUGCUGGGUACUCCUCGUCAUUGGGGUCAGGAGGAACUGGCGGAAAUGGAGGAGGUAGCGCUGGUAAUAGGCCAGGUUAGUAAAAUGAGAUUUACCCAAUCAUCUUCAAACCAGGGGUACUACGAGAUGAUAGAAAAAAUUUUUACACGAGUUAAAAAACCCAUAUUUAUGGCAAUCAUUGGGCUCAUUCAUCAGAAGCACGCACUUCAAAAAGUCGAAAACUUUGCAAAAUCGUAGUUCACUUGAAUGUAGCUCGUUCACUAAAAUUCUUACUUCACUUACGCCCGUGUUACAUUGCUUUCAAGCCACCAAGUCUACGAAUACACAUUAGGUCAUAAACGUAAACAAGGUAGACAUUUGCACAGUUAUCAAGGUUGCCGAUUAAUUGGGUGACACAGCAAAAGCAUUACGGGAAUCAUACGGACCUUUUCUUUUUUUUUAGCAGGGAUUCGAUUUUCGUAUUCCUUAAAGCAGAGCAUAGAAAAACAUAGAACUAAGUUAUAAAUAGAAGAAAAUAGGUAUUCUCCCGACCUUUAUAUAGAUGUGCUCCGGUACAAUUAAAGAGACCACUGGACAUUUCUUUUAUCGUUUUAGGUGGCGGCGGCGGCGGCUUUUACGGCAAUGGGGGAGGAGGAGGUAAAGGUGGUAAAGGAUUUCUGAACGGUGGAAAGGGUGGAACGUAUAACGGUGGGUUCGGAGGUGGCGGCAGUAAUCCAGCUUACUCUAGGGGAGCUGGCGGCGGUGGAGGUUACUCUGGGGGAGCUGGAGGUGUUAAUGAAGAUCCCUCUUGUGGUGGUGGAGGAGGAUCUUUUAACAGUGGAACAAAUCAGGAAAAUGAAUGUUGUUAUAAUACGGCUGGAAAUGGUAGAGUGACUAUCACCUUGAUCGAGUGA